GACAAGAAAUCAGGUCUAAAUAAAGUUAUCCACCACUACAUCAUAAAGGCCAGUCAUUGCCGAAGCCCUGGGCUCUGACGCAAUUUUACAGACCUGACUGAUAUUUACUUCAUUCUUUAUUGCUGUAGCCUGUAGAAGCAUGUACCAGAGUUGCCACAUCCGCCCAUAGCGAGCUAUCCACCCCUAAAAUCUGACCUCUUUUGGUUCGAUUAGACCGGUUUCCCUUACCAUGGGAUCCGCAUACCUGGAAUAAACUUGAACUUCAGGUUGAGUCUUGUAAGCUAUUGUAUUUCUUGUGGGCUUGUUCAUCUAUAAUGACCUCGAUUUGUCCAAUGUUUGGCCCUAAAAUCCCUAAAACAUGUGGCUGUGCUGUGAACUCCUCCGUACAAUACACCAUACACCCCUUGUCUCUGUUCGGCCACGACUUGCUUUCUCGUUUCACAACAAUGUCCUGACCUGGUUUGGGAGUGACCCGAGCUGAAACGCCUUGUCAGUGGUCAGAGUGGCGUUGGUUGGUCUUGAGAGACACGCCUUAGUGCGUCACAGACAUGUCCUCCUUAUCGGACCCGCGACCCAAACGACCUCGAAAAGAUGAGAUCCUCCAAUCACCGUUGCCCGUCCCCAUCGAUAGUUUGACCGUUCAAACUGCCGCAUUCCAUGGCCGUGAUUGGCCCGAGUACCGCGGCGAAUGGAUGGCCAACACCGGUCAAGUGCGGGUCUCGAAUUUGGAUCAGGCUGUGACCCUCUUCACCAUGGGCUUUUUUGGCGACAAAGAAGUCAUAUCAGAGGAUCCACAGAGAGAUGCCCAACAUCGACCGGUUUUGAAGCCGAUUUGUCCCAAAAUCGAUCCGGAAAGGCGAGAUGAGACGUUACGAAAGGCAUCCGGAUCUCAGGGAGAGGAGGAGCAGGAGGACAAGAAUGCAGUGGGGAAAUUGAUGUAUCGACCGCAUAUGAAUGAACGUUGGCCGCUGAUUUUGUCGCCGGAAGAGGCGUUUUUCUUGAGCUAUGCCCUAGGAUGCCUGGUUGUGUGUCAAGAUGGGCGGGACUUGAAUUUGAGUGACCUUUGGCACAUUUUGAUCGACCGGGAUGAUCAUUUUCCGGUGCUGUAUCGGGUUUAUCAUCAUUUUCGCUCACAAGGAUGGGUAGUUCGGAGCGGAUUGAAGUUUGGUGCGGAUUUUUUGCUCUACCAAGACGGACCGCCUUUCUUUCAUUCCACGUAUUCAGUCAGGAUUCGCUUCAACGGCCAGGAUGAGACCAUGUCUUGGCGGGAAUUGUUCGGAUUGAAUCGAAUCACGGAAGCCACGUCCAAGGAGCUCUUAUUGGUUGAAGUUCUUGCCGGAGGUCAAACCCUGGAAAGAGUUCGAUCAUCGCCCGACAACCUCGGUGACUUGUUUGUGAAGGAAGUGUUGGUUCGGCGUUGGGUUCCUUCUCAAAAGCAAUAACCAAAUAAAAAAAGGAGUACCUAUUCCAUCUGGAAAGUACCUCUGACUGAGAGCCACUUGUUUACAAACAUCUGUUCAAAAUUUUGGACUGACCUCGUGCUUUUGCUUUCAUUACAGA